AAGGGGAAUGGCAGUAGCCCGGAGCCAGACUUCCUAGAUUUCCGUGCCGUGCGCUUGUUGAGUUUGUAGGUGCUACGCCUGAAGCUGACCUAGUCUCUUAGACCACAGCCAUAUAUAGUGUGAAUAUCUUUUAUAAUUGUUGCUUUUGGCUAGACUGAACAGGGAACGUAAGUCAAUAUUUCAAGCAUUGAGCCUUUCUCGCAAAGCCAAGGUGGUAGACGUGUACGCACGCACUCACACACUUGCUGGCUGGAUUAUACGGUGUUUCUGAGAGAGGUGUACAGCUUUGACUGCGAUACUUAAACCAGGCGAUACUGCCGUACUGUCUGCUCGGAGGAGAAUGUGACGUUUGGGCUAACACACACACACACACACACACACACACACAUUCAUACCCUGCAACACUCUGAGGAUGGCCACUGCUGUGUUUCAGGUAUCAUCCUCCUGUGUUCCUGUUGCCAACUAUGAACUGGCUCCCAGCAAUGACAUCACUCUGAAGCAUGUAGAGACAACAGGCUCAACCAAAUCCUCCAAGAGUAUGGAGUCUCGACGCAGACCGUCCAGGAGCUUGAGUUUAUUUCAGGCCAUGGAGGAGAACUAUGAGGUGGACCUGGUGUACAUCACAGAACGGAUCAUUUCUGUUUCCUUCCCCAGUACAGUAGAGGAACAAAGCUACAGUGCAAACAUAAAGGAGGUGGCCUCCAUGCUACGCUCCAAACAUGGAGAAAACUACUUGCUCUUUAACCUCAGUGAAAAACGAUAUGAUAUCUCCAAGCUGAACCCCAAAGUUCUGGAUUUUGGCUGGCCAGACCAUCACGCUCCAGCCCUGGAUAAGAUCUGUAGUAUCUGCAAAGCCAUGGACACAUGGAUGAGUGCUGACAGUCACAAUGUGGUGGUCCUACACAAUAAGGGAAACCGAGGGCGAACAGGAGUGGUUGUGGCUGCGUACAUGCACUACAGCAACAUAUCAGCGAGUGCGGACCAGGCUCUGGACCGGUUUGCCAUGAAGAGGUUUUAUGAAGAUAAAGUGCUUCCUGUGGGCCAGCCUUCUCAGAGAAGGUAUGUGGAGUACUUCAGUGGUCUACUGUCCGGCCACAUCAAAAUCAACAACAAGCCCCUGUUUCUGCACCACGUCAUCAUGCACGGGAUCCCCAACUUUGAGUCCAAAGGAGGUUGCCGCCCUUUCCUGAAGAUCUACCAGGCCAUGCAGCCUGUCUACACAUCUGGGAUCUAUAAUGUCCAGGGAGACAGUCAGACCAGUAUCUGCAUCACCAUUGAACCCGGAUUGCUGCUCAAGGGGGACAUACUGCUCAAGUGUUAUCACAAACGGUUCCGGAAUCCGUCCCGCGAUGUCAUAUUCCGAGUCCAGUUUCACACCUGUGCUGUUCACGACCUGGGAAUUGUCUUCGGCAAAGAUGAGCUCGAUGAAACCUUUAAAGAUGACAGAUUCCCUGAAUAUGGAAAGGUGGAAUUUGUGUUUUCUUUUGGCCCAGAAAAGAUCCAAGGAAUGGACCACCUUGAAAACGGACCGAGUGUUUCUGUGGACUACAACACCCAAGACCCUCUGAUUCGCUGGGAUUCAUACGAGAACUUCAACCAGCGUUGUGAAGACUCCAUGGAAGAUGUAAUUCACACACAAGGUCCAUUGGAUGGUAGUCUCUACGCUAAAGUUCGGAAGAAAGACUCUCUGGAUGGAGGAGUCACAACCAAUGGUCUCCCAGCCCCUGUCGAUCACACUUUACAAGCUGUAAACCACACCCUACCCGCGGUUGACCACGCCUUAUCUGUAAGUAGUGACUCGGGCAACUCCACUGCUUCCAUCAAGACCGACCGCACAGAUGAAGUCAUCCAGCAGCCGGUCUUAGUGAGUCAGCCAUCGUCCCAGCCCCUCAGCCCAGAGGAAAAACAAGAGCUGGAACAGUUGCUCAGUGGAUUGGAAGCCCCCAUGCACCGGACAGGUUACCCGAGCAGCUCUGGCAGCGGAGGAGGGGGAGUCCUACACCUCGUCCCCGCCCAGGUCCACGUCAAUGGACACAACAGCAUUGACAGAGAGACAGACAUCCUUGAUGAUGACCCCCCUAACAGUCAAGAGGGCAACAGUGUGGAUAGUCUUGGAACAAUGUCGUCUUUCGAGGGCCGAGCAACUCCGGUAGACUUGUACUAUCAGUCUGAGACAGUCAUUAAAGGACAAGAUGUUCCAUACUUGGAGAAGAGUGUCCACGAGCCCAAAGUCCUCAGCUCCGCUUCUGUCCAGGAUCACUUAGGUGCCACUAGCGGCUACGCCAACCAGAACGGGAGCAUCUACCGAUCACAGUCAUUUGGGGCAACUCCUAGCACAGAGCAGAAGUUAAUGCCCAAAGCUCCCACACGCACGACAAGCAGUAGAGACGCAGUACAGCGAGGGCUAAAUGUUUGGCAGCAAUAUGGUGUUCCAGAAGUCCCAGAUACAGAAGGGGUAAAUUUCAGUCCUGUACUGCAAACAACAAACAGCCUGCCAGAGUUUCCUCACAUGGCAUCUCAGCAGGACAUUGAGCAAUCUAUUGAGGCCCUCAACAUGCUGAUGUUGGACCUUGACCCAGCACUUACCCAAGUGCACAAAUCCAAUAGUGCACCAUCUGGAGAACAUAGUGUGGUCACAACUCAACCAUCUUUCUCUCAAACCCAGGCAAGGCCAUCCUACCAGGCAGACGCAGCUAUUCAUGAACGUGUAGGACCCUCUCCAGCAGCUUACCCUCUGGUCUAUCAGCAGAUCUCGUCUGUAGCCCCAGAGUCUCCACAACCUACCAUCACCCAGCAGAGACCCACGGCUUUAUUCCAGCAUGGUGCAUUACCCUCUGAGGCAGAUGGUCAUGUCCUUGCUCCCAUGUUCCAGUCCACAGUGCCUUCAUCCUCCUUUGGAGUUCUACAGAUGAAACCCCUCAACAUCUACCCCUCCAGUAUCAGCUCACAGUCUCCUGAGCCACAGGAGAGCCAGCAUAACUACUAUGCCUCCUCAUCACCUCUGCCCAAAGAGACUGAACCAGAAGAUUCAAACUACAAAUUGGAGGGUCUGGUAGCUCACAGAGUAGCUGGAGUUCAGUCCAGUGAAAGGUCAGCAGAUGAGGCAUCAGCUCCUGGACGGCACCGGACCACUAGCGAGAGCCUGUCCCAAGAUGAGAGCCCAACCCAUGGAGGGUCGCUCCGCUCACCCAUUCGCUGCAUCUCACCUGAGCUGGCCAAUACAAUUGCUCUAAACCCUGGGGGGCGACCCAAGGAGAGGCACAUGCACAGCUACAGAGAAGCGUUUGAGGAAAUGGACGGGGGUCCCAUCAGCCCCCCUCCGACCUUUGGUGGUGAGGCCCUACCCCAAACCCCUGCCUUCCCUGUCUCGCCACAAACCCCUUACUUCAACCUGUGUCGAUCUCCUCCAGGAUUGGCGAAAACUCCCCUGUCCUUCUUAGGCCUGAAGCCCCACAACCCAGCUGAGAUACUGCUGAACCAGACAGGCUCAGAGCCUCGUAGCUAUGUGGAGUCAGUGGCUAAAGCAGCAUUAGUGGGAGGAGGGUUGCCAGCUUCACUUGUGUCCCCUGCAUAUGACAGCGACAGUUUAGCUCACCCUGCUGGACCGCCUCACACCCUCAACAACCCUCUUUCCUCCAGCAGCCCCAUACAGAGCCCAGAUGCAGUUGAAAGCACACUUGUCGAUAGUGGCGUGGGGAUGAAUUCUUUGUCUCGGGGUGUUGCCGACUCCAUCUUUCACUCCCAGCCCUCCGAGAGCACAUACCGAACACCCACACUCUCUCACCCUGAAUCUAGCAGCAUGUUGGGUAGCUACAUCUCUCCUGAUCUCAGUCCAUCCCUGCCAGAGACCGUACAAAACAAUGCCACCAUGACCAUCCAGCCAAUCACUGGGAGCCCUGGCACAAGACACCAUGCUGUCCUGCCCGAUGUGGCGUCUGGUCCUGGCAUUCACCACAAAAUAGCCAAUCAAGAGAGUCCUAUUCUGGGCCGAGAGCAAAUCCCAUCUAGUGGUCAUCCUCCUGGGCUGGCUGGUAGUCCCAUGCAAGGGAGACAUAUUAUGGUCUCCCAAGGAACACAGAGCAGUCCGAUGCUGACCAGACAAUACCAAGGCACUUCGAGUAGUCCGAUUCUCAGCCGUCAGCCAAUGGGACAACAAGCAGUCCAAAGCAGUCCAGUCCUCAACCGUCAACCGUCCAUGAAUCAACCAAACAUUUUGCCCAACCAAAGCAGCCCAGUGUUGAGUAGACAACCGUCUGUUACCCAAACCAAUCAGGGCAGCCCCAUACUAAGCAGGCAGUCCUCCUUAACACAUCCAAGUCAGGGCAGCCCAGUUCUGGGACAGCACCCGUCGAUAACUCAAGUGACCCAGGGAAGCCCGAGUCUGCACAGGCACCCGAUGUACAGUGGCUACACCACUCCAGACGAGAGACACGGGGCCCUCUCGCGUCAAAGCAGCUCCUCCGGGUACCAACCACCAUCUACUCCAUCUUUCCCCAUCUCUCCAGCCGGAUACAUAGAUGAAGUGGGCUUCAGACAGGGUAGUCCUGCCCUGCAACCUCAGCUUCCAGAGAAGAGACGCAUGUCUGGCAGCGAUCGCUCCAAUAGUGGACUGUCCUACGGAACGCUCAAUGGGAAGAUGUCCUCGCCGAUGUCCAGUGGCGGCAGCACUCCAAGCGUCCAUUUCUUUAACACUCUCCCUGAUUUCUCCAAACUCAACAUGUGUGAUGGAAGUCCAGAGACCAGGAUGAAUGUAAAGUUUGUGCAGGACACGUCCAAAUUCUGGUAUAAACCAGAUAUCUCCAGAGACCAAGCAAUUAACAUGCUGAAAGAUCAAGAGCCUGGAGCCUUUGUCAUUCGGGACAGUCAUUCUUUCAGGGGUGCCUACGGCUUGGCCAUGAAAGUUGCCUCACCACCUCCAACCCAGCAGCCUACAAAGAAAGCUGGAGACGUCACUAAUGAGUUGGUGAGACAUUUCCUGAUUGAGACCAGUCCGAAGGGCGUGAGACUGAAGGGCUGCCCUAACGAGCCAUACUUCGGCUGUCUGUCUGCGCUGGUAUACCAGCACUCGAUCACUCCACUGGCUCUACCCUGCAAGCUCGUCAUGCCUGCCAGAGAUCAUCUGGAAGAGUCGCCUGAGAUUGCAACGCCAACUAACCCGGCUGCAGAGAUGCUCAAACAGGGUGCAGGGCAGAAGAGUUCUUCCGACUCCCAUGCUUGCAAUGUGUUGUACAUAAACUCUGUGGAUAUGGAGUCUCUGACCGGCCCUCAGGCCAUAGCCAAGGCUAUUUCAGAAACCAUGGCGAACAGCCCGGCACCCACAGCAACAAUUGUUCAUUUCAAGGUGUCGGCACAAGGCAUCACACUCACUGACAACCAGAGAAAGGUUUUCUUCAGACGUCAUUAUCCUAUCAACACAGUAACGUUCUGUGACAUUGACCCGCAGGAGAGGAAGUGGAGCAAACCAGAGGGUGGGACUGCGAAGUUCUUUGGCUUUGUGGCCAGAAAGCAAGGCAGCACGACAGACAACGUCAGUCACCUCUUCGCUGAGAUGGAUCCCGAUCAACCCGCCACAGCCAUCGUUAACUUCGUCUCUAAAGUCAUGAUCAACUCUCAGAAGCGGUGAACUCUUCACACGCGCAACACUGCUUUCCGGAGGACUUUCUUUCUGUUCUAUUUGAAUGUUUCUGUUUUCAUUUAUUCCGAUUGUGUGUUUGGGUGAGCGUUUGUGUGUACGUGCAAGUGUGAAUGUGCCAUGGAGGGUUAUUCGCAAGAGGGACAGAGGACGUGCAGUGUGGGUGUAGAGGAGGGACAUACAGAGGGGAGGUGGUCUUCAUCUCACUUUGAGGGGAUUGUAGAAAUGAUGUUAGUGAUUUUGUUGUUCUUUUUUUUUUUUUUUAAGAAAAAAGGAAAAUAAAAAGUAAAAAAGAGGGUUAUAGAGAAAUGAGACUUUGGGGCUGAUGUACCAAAAAUGAGAGGGCAGUCAGUCGUUAUUCAAGGGAUUGCUUUGGCCAAACUGUACAUACAAACUAUCACUUAUCUCUUUUCCUUCUGUAAAUGGCUUUGAUUUUCUCAUGCUGGUAGUACAACAAUGUUCCUGCACUGUCUGGAUAAAUGCAGAGUAGUUGAGGGAUUUUAAAGUUCCCGCACAUAUAACAGAUCUGAUUUAAAGAAGCAAAAACUGAGGUCAUUCUAAGCUUUUAGUUCCUGGUAUCCACCAGCUAGUUUCCUGUCUCACUAUGGCCUUGUACUGAGGUAAAUAUCCAUUAAUCACUGCUAUGCUCUCCUCUCAUCGGGUCAGAGUGUGUAUCAUUGUGUAUCUGGCAAAACAAAAGGUGUGAAUCUAUCACUGUAUAUCUAUGCCUCGCUUAAAACACACUCACACUAUCAUUCUAGCCCAAAGUAAGCUAAGUAUAUAUAUAAAACUUCAAAAAGUGAUUUUUCAGAAUAUUUAUUGUAUUAUUGUUUUGCUACUUUAUUUUUCUUCUUUUUUUUCCCCUCUCAUGUUAACUCAUUUACUCAUAGAUAUAUUGUAAAGUCUACAUAAAAAUUAGCCUUUGAAGAGAAAUACUCUUUAUUUUGGCUAAUAUUUCAAAAUCACGGGAUUUUGAGAAGCAUUCUAUUAUAUAUGGUGUAAAGUGUAUGUAUUUUGGAAAGCUUGUCAUUUUCGUAUAUUUUCUCACGUUCUUUAACUUUAGAUCGAAAGUAGAAUUCACUGUCGCUUUGAACGACUGUUUGUUUAUAUCUUACUUAAAGAGUGCAUCUUAAAGUUUUUUCGGAUGAAGUGAGUUGGCUGACAUGAGACUUUGUGUAAAGAAAAGUAAGGAAACAUGUCUUUAUUUUUGUAUUAAUAUUAUUAUUUAGGUCCCCCCACCCCACUCCCCCACAUUUGCCCGCAUUUUUGGUGCACAUUCACUUGCAGCAGAUCUCUCAGAGUUCAUUAUUUUGUUUUAUACUACCAUCGUGAGGCACUGUCAGGUAUUGCAAGCCAUAUUGUCAUCUAUGAAUCCUCUUUAAUUCCCUUUAUAAUCAUAAUCAAAUCUCAACCGAGCCCUUGAGAAAUUUCGAUGAAAAUAUACUGCAGUGUUUUAACUGUGAUUUGACAGAAAGCGCCCAGAGAUUAUUUUGUUUGAUGAACAGAAUGUCCGUGCCACCCUGAAAAUGUUUGAUACCCACAUUUAACCCAUGAUGCCCAUGUCUUUAGGCAUAAAAAACAAGUCUUGCUUGUAAAUACUUCAUUUUUUGCCAAAGAUUUUAUUUCACUUGUGUAUGCCUUUGAUUGAUCACUGUCAGUAUUCAAACGACAGCUUGUUGUUUUUGGCAUGGGGGUCUGUUUUGAUCCAAUGCAGAAACUACAGCUAUAUGACGUAUUUAGACUGUGUUUGGUUGCCACGAUACCAUUUGUUUAGCCUUGAGAACUACUCCUAAAGAAUGCAAAGCACUUAAUGAUCAAGAGCAACAACAAAAAAAUAACAGAACAUCAAAUAAAUAUGACUGUAUGAUUAGGCCCAGAUGGAAUCUAUGGACUUUUUUAUUUUUUCACAUUUUAUGCACCAAUUUUGAUAGAAAAAUCUGUGGAAUUUAAUGAAAAACAUAUAUGUAAAAUUUGAUAAAUGUAGGGUUCCCUUCAAAUUUGUGAUCGUAAGGCCUGGAAAUUUUAAUUAAUGUAUAAAAAAAAUGGAAAUGUGUUUAAAAUUUAGGCUAAAAUAUUUCAUUAGCUAUGUUUUUUAAAAAUCCAUUUCCAGUCAUCAUGAACGACUCAAAGUCAUGGAAAUUUGGAACCUUGUAAAUGGAACUGAUAGUACUAUACCCUUAUUGUUAGCUGAAAGCAUUAUCAAAUUCACCAAAACGUUCAAAAAAUUAAAAUGCAAGGGGCGAGGACUUUUAUUAUUUUAUAGCCACAUCAACACUAAUCCAGUUUUGUUUGUAAACUCAGUUUUCAAAAUUAUGCAGUGAUGGAGAGCGUUUUCAGUGAAGAAAAAUGCCUUUCCAGUGUGGACGAGAAACAUAAAUGGAGCUAAAUCAAUGCGCUUUGAAACUAAAACCUAUUAGUGUGGACAAGGCAUAUAAACAACAGGCGAUAGAGAACUUUCUGUAGAAUUCUGCAGGUACAGAUUCCGUGUGGGCCCAGUAUGAGUGAUACACACACACACACACACACACACACACACACACACAAACACAAAUAACUUGCUUUGCUUGCCUUUCUGGGCAUUUCAUUUGGUGCAUAGGCUUAGAAUAACAGAUCACAUACAAGUUGUUUUCCACAUUUGUGCCACAUUGUCAGCGAGAGAGAGAUCUUCCACCAAUAUCAGCUCCCCACUUCACCAUGUAUUAGUCAGCAGUGUUGUAUGUAUGAUUAUAUUUUUAUGUUCAUGUGUUACAGAUUUAGAAUGUGUGAAUGAGCUACUAUUACUGUACAGAACCACAUCUUUAUAUUUGCUUCAUGUUUUGCAGCCUCAUUGUAUUAUUUUGUGUUGGCAAAAAGUAUACAUUAAAGUGCAAUCCAAAUCAGUUACAUUAAAAAAAGUACACCGUUGCUAGGAAAAGA